GGGAAAGCACACCUAUUCAAUCACACGUCUUUUGUUGUCGUAACAUUUUGGAGUGUUUUGGGGGGGUUGUUCAAUUCGCCAGAGGAGGGGCCGCGGGGGCAGACGCCCAAUUAAGCCACAGGUUGACACAUCUCGCCAUGGCUUCUCGUCUGCGAGCGACCACCGUGUUCGGCGGCGACGUCACAGUUGGCCCCGCGAACCGCUCGUACGGGAUGGGGAAGCACGCCGAGUGAAGCGCGUCGAACGAGGAGGAGAGGACAGAAGAGAGAGGGGGCGUUGGAGCGUCGGGACGCCGUGCGCAAAGCUCGAGAGGCGGCUUAGUGGACCUGUGGAGGAAGCCUCAUGAACGGAGGCGAGAGGGGGGAAGAGAGACACGGAAAUAGAGAGAGAGAGAAAGAGAGAAGAUUGCAUGGCUGUGACAACAUGAAAAAGAAAAAAAGUGGGGUGGUGUGUCUUCAUCCAGUCAAUUGAUCCAACACAUCUGCUCUUUGGGAGUGGAGGAAAAGAGACCAGAGGUACGCGGUCACAGUUCUGACCAUGGAGCCUCCCCCCUCUCUGAGCCUGGCUCUUCUUGGAGGCAGCGAGGAUGAAGACCAGCGUUUUCUCCUCCCCCUGGCGGGCAUUUCCCACCCCACGGCCUCUGGAGUCCAGGGUACUGGGUCGAAUCACUCCAACCACACGACGGCAUCCAGUCUCAGCCGCCUCAACGGCAGCAACCCAUCACCAUCGCCAGUCGCCACUCCCUCAUCCCUGCCAAAGUUGUCGUCGACCGGGCCGCCGCCCAUCCCCAAUGCCCUUCACCCUACCAGCACGCCGCUCUCCUCCUGCUUGGGGUCACAGCACAGCCUAGGCGGGGACAACUCUCCCAUCUACAAUGCCCUUUUUUACUCUUCCCACUCGCCCUCCAUGGAUCGCGAGAGGGAGCGGGACCGUGGGUGCAAGCACAGACAGGCCAGCCCGCUGGUCCACCGCAGGGACAGCAAUCCAUUCACCGAGAUCGCCAUGAGCUCCUGCAAGUACACAGGUGGCGUCAUGAAGCCCCUGAGCCGCCUAAGCGCCUCCCGGAGGAACCUCAUUGAAUCGGACAGCAGCAGUGAAACCAAAGAGGGCGGCGUUUCUGCUGUUGCUGGAGCCACGGCGACAGGGGGUCACGACCGCCAGCGUGAAGCUGCUACCUCCUUGGUCACCCAGUCCUCCACGAAUCAGCAGCCCCUCCAGAGCCCACCAGAGAUUGUAAUUUCAUCAAAAGAAGACUCGCCGUACCCUAGGGUAGGAUAUGACAUCAGCGACGCCACCUCUGACCAGAUGUCCAUCUACCACCAGAACCAUGCACUCGUGGAGAGUCGACGGGCACAUCCGGGGAGGGGCGCUAGCGGUUCCGGGGCAGUGGGACCUGGGGCCAGGGCCGGCACCACCAAGGCCUCUAAACGAAAGAACCAAAACAUUGGCUACAAACUGGGCCAUCGCAGGGCGCUGUUCGAAAAGAGGAAGAGGUUGAGCGACUAUGCCCUAAUCUUCGGGAUGUUCGGAAUUGUUGUCAUGGUUAUCGAGACAGAACUGUCCUGGGGUGUCUACACUAAGAGCUCCAUGUAUUCUCUGGCCCUGAAGUGUCUGAUCAGCCUGUCUACAGUCAUCCUGCUGGGCCUCAUCAUCGCCUAUCAUGCAAGGGAGGUUCAGCUGUUUGUCAUCGACAACGGGGCGGACGACUGGCGUAUCGCCAUGACGAUGGAGAGGGUUCUGCUGAUCGCUCUGGAGCUGCUGGUGUCGGCUGUGCACCCGGUGCCCGGCGACUUCAAGUUCCAGUGGCGGGCGCGAUUGGCCUUCUCGUACGCGCCGUCGCAGGCCGAGGCUGACCUGGACAUGGUGUUAAGCGUACCCAUGUUCCUGCGCCUCUACCUCAUCGCCAGAGUCAUGCUCCUGCACAGCAAACUCUUCACUGACGCCUCCUCGAGGAGUAUAGGUGCACUGAAUAAGGUGCAUUUUAACACACGGUUUGUCAUGAAAACACUAAUGACGAUCUGCCCCGGGACGGUGCUGCUGGUCUUCAGCAUCUCUCUGUGGAUCAUUGCUGCCUGGACUGUACGAGUUUGUGAGAGGUAUCACGAUGCACAGGAUGUGACCAGCAACUUCCUGGGAGCUAUGUGGCUGAUCUCCAUCACUUUCCUGUCCAUUGGCUACGGAGACAUGGUCCCUCAUACCUACUGUGGCAAAGGAGUGUGUCUGCUCACUGGAAUCAUGGGUGCUGGUUGCACGGCUCUGGUGGUUGCCGUGGUAGCAAGAAAGCUGGAGCUGACCAAGGCCGAAAAGCACGUACACAACUUCAUGAUGGACACGCAGCUCACAAAGCGGAUAAAAAACGCGGCGGCCAACGUGUUGAGGGAGACCUGGCUCAUCUACAAGCACACCAAGCUGAUGAAGAAGAUCGACCACUCCAGAGUCCGCAAACAUCAGCGGAAGUUCCUGCAGGCAAUUCACCAAUUACGCAGCGUGAAAAUGGAGCAGCGCAAACUCAGCGAUCAGGCCAACACGCUGGUGGACCUGUCGAAAAUGCAGAGUGUCAUGUACGAGCUCAUGUCGGAGCUCAACGACCGAAGCGAGGAUCUGGAGCGCCAGAUGUUGUCCCUGGAGCAGCGGGUGGAGCAGCUCACAGCCGGCUUCAAUGCUCUACCGGCGCACCUCUCGGCUACACUCAGCGCCCAGCACGCCGCCCUGGUCCAGCUCCUCAAGGAAAGAGACUCCAGGGACAUCAAAGAUGAAGGAGGAGGAGCUGUGGUCCCGCUUUCCCCCGCGGCCUCCACUCCAGCCACGACCACACCAGUAUCAACUCCAACAGCUCCUCCUCCUGUCCCGCCGGCCCCUCUCGUGGCGCCUUUGCCCAGCACGGAGGGGAGUUCAGAAGCGAGUCCGAACAGCAACACCUCCACCUGCUGAGACAGCUCAGAAGAGGACAAACGUGGCAAGAGGCCUCAAGAGUCCCCCGCAGACUAAACGAAAGAGAGGGCGCGCUGACAAAUGAGCCUCUCAAAUUGAUGAAGAUGGGACAACGGGGAGAAAUAAUGGGAGCGCCAGCAAGAGUGAUGACACUUUUGGGGGGGCGUGUUCCCUUUUAGGAGCUAUAGGGCAAGAGAAAUUUAACACGGAUGGAGACUCUAAAAGGUGCGGGGGCAGAGGGAGGAUGUCAAGAUGGUGAGAAAUGGCGCUAGAAAGUAUAAAAGGAGGAAGGAGGAGGAGAAAUAACGAGGACUAAUUAUAAGAACUGAAUGGAAUCAAGCCCCCCCCCUUCAAAAAAGAAAAAGCCUUUAUCUCUCUUUGUCUCUCUCCCGCUUUCCGUGCCCUUUCAUCAGGAAUUAAUGACCAUGACUUUUUAUCCUUAUGAUGUAUUUUCUAUCCGAUUGCUAAUUGUGUGAUAACGAGCAUCCCUUUAACGGAAGGUUAGAUCAAUAUGACCAGAAUUUAUUUCGGGGGAAAAAAGAAGAGUGGCAUGCACCGCGCACACAUCAUUACACCAUCCUGCAAUACAAAAACACACUUUCACAAUGCCCUUAAGAUAACACUAGAGCCUAUACUGCCAGUAGUCAAUGCACUGUCAAUCUGCACACAGCACUGCCAACCAAGGAACCAAUGUACAAACAUAUACUUUGAGAUUCCCAAUGCAGAGUUGUGACACUAAUAAUGCACUGAACUACACUAAUAACACAAUCAGGACGGCAAAUGCAUGCGUGUGAGUUCACAUUCAUAUCUACUUUAUCUAGGCUUGCUAUUUGGUCACAUCACCCCCCUCCCCCUUGAUUUUAAUUCAAAUGCAAGACAGGCAUCAACACAUUUGUUGUCAUGCUCUUAUCAAAUAUGAAUGACAUAAGCUUCUUCGGGACACAUGGGAGGGAUAACUUCUUUUUUAAUCUUCUGCUCAAAAGACAGCUAUCGUUUCAUGCUUAAAUGGCUUUGUAUUUCAUGAUGCAACGUUCCUAAGCUCGCAGAAGAAUUUGAUAGAUUUCUAUAAAUAUUUAGUGCCCGUUUUGGCAAGAACCAAACUUUAAAAAUAUGUUAUUUAUGGCAUUAACAUCAAUAAACACUGUGCAUAAACUACUGAUAAAUAAUACAUAAGAAAGUAAUUUUUUAUACAAUGAUCGUACAUUAAUAAAUAUCAAUUGCAAGACGUUGUGUGCUUCCUUAAUGAUCAAUAAAAUAGUCAUGUGAAAAAAUUUGGACACCCCAUUAAAUAUUGUUCUUUAUUAAGAAAUGUUCACAUUUCAAUGUCUGAUCUUGUUUUUCUUUAUCUGUGGAAAAGAAAGUGAUUUAAUUGCAAGUAAACAACAAAACUUAAUAUUGUUUUACUCAUUAAACAAAAUUUAUUAACAAAAAUGCAUAUUCUAACUGAGGAAAAAGUUAGGACACCCUACCACCUAAUAGCUAGUGUUACCCCCUUUGGCUGAAAUAACUUCAGUGAGACGCUUUUUGUUGCCACCUACCAGUCUUUGACAUCGGUCUGAAGAAAGUUUGCCCCACUCCUCAACACAGAAUACUUUCAGCUGUGUGAUGUUUGAGGGGUUUCUUGCAUGUACAGCCAGUUUCAACUCACCCCACAGCAUCUCAAUGGGAUUACGAUCUGGGCUUUGACUCAGCUGAUAUACAGUAUUUGAUUUAAUGAGUAAAACAAUGUUAUUUUUGUUGUUGUUCACCUGCAAUUAAAUCACUUUCUUUUCCAGAGAUAAAGAAAAACAAGAUCAGACGUUGAUAUGUGAACAUUUCUUAAUAAAGAACUGAAUAUAUAAUGGGUUGUCCAAAUUUUUGCACAUGGCUGUAGCCAAGUUUGCUCUGACAAUUGGCGACUGCAUCAAGACACAUUUUUUUAGCCUAAGUCCUGACAUUUCAACUGUUAGGUUUGUUUUUAAUUUUCAUCAGGUGCAUUGCUUUUAGGUCUUUUCAUAGACGUCACUAUCAGUUGACGGGAAACGGGGCUGCUCCGUAGGGGGCCUAUUUUCAAAAACUUAAAAUUCAAAUAUUUUCAAAACCAAAGCCGCUAGCGACCUAAAACCAAAACAGGCACCCCCUUUAGGGAUAUAUGAGUCUCCACGAGCAGCGGCAUCAGAAAAUUCAAAGUCGCUCCCUAAUACCGAUUAAUUAUUUUUUUAUAUAAGUAUAACAAAACUUAGAAUGUCUAGAAAAUUCUCAGAUUGUACGCAUUAUGUACAGAAUUCACCAAAUGCAGAGAUAAUCAUCUAUAUUUUCAGGAUCGAUAGCAAACAUAUCAUCUAAGUUUUUGCCCGAAAUAGCGACUUCAUUUUUUUUUUAUAUUUAGUGCAAUUUUGACAUGUUUUCAACAGCUAAUAAAUCACUCAAUUUUCACAUCAAAAACUUAAUACUUGAGGAAAGCAUGUAGAAUCAUCCUAAUUUUACUCAACAAAAGCAAAUGUUGCAUUUUUCUAUAUACAAUCACACUUUAUUUAGGUUGAAUUCCGAUGUCACUAUUGCCUCACCACGUCUUACCGCCUAUCUGGCCUUCAUUGUUUUUAGAUUGAAAUGUUACAUAAAAUAAAACGCUGAUUUUUUUUUUUUACUUUUUUGUAUGGGCGCAGAAAUGUCAAAAUUACUUCUUUUUUUUUUGCCAAAAAACGGGCAGUUGGUAGAAAUUACCUGAUAAUUUGAAUGCAAAGUUACGUUAUUGUGUAUGGAUACAAAAUCCAACAUGGCGUUGAUCACAAAACAGAGCUUUUUAAGUUUAAUAUUCUUGUAAAUAAAUGCAUAAAUCUGGGAAUUUCUAUAGAUAUGAACAUAAAACAGUCUAGAUUCUUGGUUAAAAGCAAAAAAAAAAACAAAAAAAAACAGGCAGUUGUCAUUCAUUUUACAGAAAUAUUUCAAGCUAAUGUUACGCUAUUUUUUUAAAGUCAUUAAUUUUUUCCACGUUUCAAAGUGCAUGCAUGGUGCUAUUUAAAAAUUACCUUGAAUCCUCAACCGAAUCACUCUUGAGACACUCCUUCCUGCAUGUACAGUAUGCACUAAAACUUUCAUCCAAGUCCAGCGUUAGAACGCAGCGGGUUUGAGUUUAUCGCAGUGAAAGCUUCCGCGACGCUCUGCAUUGCCCGGCCCCCUACGGGAAGCCAUGGAAGAAUGUCUGUUUUGUCAACUGAUAGUGAAGUCUAUGGUCUUGUAAUGACUGCAAAUUUGUCACAAAACUGCCCACAAUACCAACACUGUUAUAUUACAAUAUUAGACAAGCCAUUCGCCACAAAAACCUAUAAAGACUGUACGGCGUUGAACAAGCAGCUGUUAAAUUAAUUCAGCAUUUUCAAUUCUUUCAGUAAUAAUAAUUUCUUGUCAUGAAGAAGAAGGCAUGUCUUGAACAGUUGAUCAUUGAUAGCAAACUAGGUUAAAUCAUCAAUUACCUGUACUUUUUUUGGCUUGAUUGCUUUGAGAAACGAUGAAUCACAACAAUCCAUUUUGUUUCCACUCUAUUCAGUUAUCUAGUCAUCUUAAUGGAAGGACACGCUUAAAAGAUAAGCGUUUGCUAUCACUUUUUAAAAUCAAUAGAUCAAUAGCAGUUUUCCACUCACUAAAGUGCAUUAUGCUUGUGUGUGAAAUCCCACCAAAACUUUAGGGACAAGCUUGCACACAGUAAACUAAAACUACAAUGUCAUCCAUACACUGAAAGGGGUUGACAUGAUAAAUAAGAUAUACAGGGGUUGGACAAAAUAAUUGACACACCUAAAAAAAAUCAACAAAAACUAAUUUAAUGUGGUGUAGGUCAGCCUUUUGCGGCAAUUGCAGCCUCAACUCUCCGAGGUAUUGAUUAAUUCAACAGUGAAUUGUUUCCAAAGGAAUUUUAAGCCAUUCAUUAGUUAGAAUACCCUCUAUAUCUUUUAGAGACAAUAGCGGUGGAAAUCGAGAUCUUAUUUGAAUCUCUGACCAUAAAUGCUCAAUAAUAUUGAGGUCUGGGGAUUGUGACGGCCAUAUGAGAUGUUCAACUUCAUUAGAAUGUUCCUCAUCACAUUCUUUGAAAUGUCUGUGACAGCAUAAAAGCAUCUUAUUUUGAGAUGAUUCGACCACAUACAACAAUUUGCCAAAGCGCAUAUGACGAGAAAUUAGCCUUUUAAUCUACCGUUUAGCCCUGCCUGUCAUUAUAGCGCUCUAGUGUCCCCAGCUGGAGGAUGACGUCGGCAGGGUCAUGAUUUCAUUUGAUUUCGAAUUCAACCCAUUGAGGGGGGGGAUAUUCAGAAUGAGGAAAAUGCUACGAGGAGAGCAGCAAAAUGUCAUUGUUACAAUCUCAGUACUAUAAUAUUUUUACAGGGUAUUCUUUUUAUGUAUGUAUUUUCCCCAAUUGCUGAAUAAAUGUUAUGCUCAUGACAAAUAACAGUCUUGUGCCAGAUGGAAUGUGAAAUAUUAAAAAUGCAUUUAUUCAGUACUACAUGGCAUAAUUACUCCAUAAUCAUCAAAACUGUCGACUUCUUGCACCUCCCGAACGAUAUUUUAUGCCACCAGAGUAAGUCAGGCUUUUGUCAUUUCCCUACCCCAGGUUUGGAGAGCGUAAACAAACCAGGAGGCUUGACAGCUAGCCGACAUGCUAACCCAAAUCGAGCGACGUUUCCAAGUCUUAUUCUCGCCUUUCGAAGCGAAAAAUGACACAAAACUACCCUGGAUCAUGUCACACGGCGGCGGGAAAGUUGCAGCUCGUCGUUCCCCUGCUGCGGUCAGGAGAGCUCGUUUGCCGGGGAAGCAGCUGGAGCAUGACCGCCGGACGAACUGGCCUACGUCAGAGGAGUGCGUACCUGCCCGAGUACAACCCGAGCAUAGUGGUCUAUUGCUGGGCAUACGUAGAGGGCAGAGAGGGCUGGAAGUCUGGACGAUAUGGAGAACCGCAGUACAUAAACCGAGCAUACAGUGGGGAGAACAAGUAUUUGAUACACUGCCAAUGGGUUUUCCCGCUCUCCCGGUGGGCACGCGAAGAGGACCGAAGGGGGUGUGCGACAAGCCGCAGGUCGUCGGCUGAGUGGCCUUCUCCGUAGACAGGAAGCAUUGUCACCCACAAAAUGCAAGCCACCUCCUUAAUAUACCGUGUGCCAUAAUCCCAGUAUUUGACAUAAUAAAAAACAUGAUGUUUACUCACUUCCUCGUAAAUCCAAUGGUCCCACAGUUGUCAGACUUGUUUUGGCCAAUCUUCAUGGUAAACGGGAAUUUUUGAAACCCGAAAAAGGCUCACAGGCCUCUCCCUGGUGCAGCAACAAAACCCUGCAGCACAUUUGGCUGGCGUAAUGCGAAAAAUAGACAAAUUAAUCCACAAAAUCAGCCGAAUCCGCAGUACAUCUGCAUGCGAUAAAGCAAUGAUGUACUGUAUUGUGAGAUGCUGACCCGGGUGACAUCACAUUAGCAUUCCUCCUUAACCCAGAAGUCACAAAUGGCGUGAUUCAAAAGUAUAUAUCAGUCGCUUCCACACACAUCCAAGCGGUCCAAUUAAUUCAGGAGCAUAAAAUACCGCGUGAAAUAUGAAAUAAACAUGCUUUUUGCUGUCAUAGGCACUUUAACAAUUAUGUUCAAUGAUUAGAUGCCGAAAUGUUAGGUGUUUCUAUUAUUUUGUACAACCCCUGUUUUGGUUUUAAUUCUGUGAAAAUCAGAAUACCUGCUGGUUGUUUCUGUAUUGUUUUUGUUGUUGCUUGCCCUGACCAAAGUAUCAAAGUAACUCACGGUUUUUGGUCGUGACUGUACAAUGGACAUGGAAACUGAACACAUUCCCUGUUAAAUUUGCAGCUUUUCACGAUGAAAAUGAGGCCAACAUAAAUCGACGUAAACUUGGGCGUUAUACUUGUGGCAGUAAAGGGGCCACUAUGUUUUCUUCAAUGACAGCAUUCAGUAAUUUGGUCCAUCAGUCUGACACGUAUCGAAAUAUGUACUCAUCCAUCCGGCAAAUUUGUGGUCACCCUAUAGAUUUUUAUUUUUAAUUAGGUCUGGAAUGCGGCCAAGAAUUCAAGUUCCCUCAACUUAAGUAAUGACGACAACUGCUACAGAAAAUAGAUGGAUGCAUGACGUCCAUGAUCAUAAUGGAAAGUCUGCUUCAUUGCAUGGACUACAGUAGCGGUUUCAUUUACUGGGGCUUCCCUUGUCACUUAAUUGUAAUACUUUACUGAUUUGAAAAAAAAUGAUCAUAGCCCCAUGUUUUUGUUUGUUUUUUUACGUCAAUAUUAUACCAACUAUCCAAACAGGUUUGUUCAUGUUCUAUGUCUUGGGGGCUCUUAGGUUUUCAUCUUAGGUUUUUCCUAGGUUACCAAUAGCACAUAAUCAAUUACUUGAGAAGAAUAUGCCGUCAUACGGCACAAGACGGCAUGCUCAGUAACCUCUGCACUGAUGUUUGCGUUUCAUAUUCUUUUAUCCAUGGCCUACAAGUGUUUAUAAUACAGUUAUUUUUACUACUGAAUUGGCAUAGAUUGGUGGUAGACUACAGCGUGUUCCUGGUUCACAGACAAAAUAGUAGCUUUACUCAGUCCUUUUGCUAAUAUAGUUUGGACAGGCCCGGCCCUCGGUUACUAGGUGUCCUAGGCGACGUGUCGAUCGGAGCGCAACCCCUGUCCCCGCAAAAAAAUAUAUAUUUAUUUUCAAAAUAUUAUAUAUUUCAUCAAAAACACUGCAGAAGCUAUUGUUUCUAAAUAUAUGAAUAUAUGAUGAAUAGUUACUCUUUUUGCACGCGUUGCAUUUUGUUCAUACAGUAACACAAGCACACUAAUAUAAUUUUCUUAUAUAGCCAUAGAAAUCUCAACGCUGUUUGCCUCCUGGGCUUCAUGACCACUCUAUAGUGCCAUAGAGCAAAUGAGCCAUCAUGAAGCUUUGAAUAAAUUGGCUUCAUUGCUUCAAGAAGCUUAAUUUGCCCGUCACUGCUCAAUGUAAUCUCUCAUUUCCCUUGGUAGAGACAGACCUCUGCUGCUGUUAUCAUACAAAAUGCCUCAUUUUUCCUAGCAUGCAUUGCAGCACUACAGACGCAAAUAACAUUUAAACUUCCUUUUCUGUGCUAAUUAGUUUAUUUAAGUGUUCCAGUUGUUUCAUUCAUUGCUAGUUAUGCUAUUUAGUGUGUGGUUAUGUGAUAAUUUUAAGUUAGUUUUGAAACUGCGUUUGAAUGACCUUUGAUUUAACAUUAUUUGCCAUUUUACGGGAAAUGGAUCUGCUUACAUGAGCCCCUUUCACACAUGCUGAAACAACAGGAAAAUGGCGAGAUUUUAACGUGCAGCCCUUGUAUGUGAACACAAUUUCCCAGGUCGACUGACACUGAGAUUACGCGGACGUUUCAUGGGUCGCGUCUUAGUAUAAUGUCUGAGACUUUCUCGGUAAGCGGUGUGCAUGAAAGCAGGCGUUAAAUUCCCGGGUGACAGCACAAUGGCUGAUGACGUAAAUAUCAUGGCGGGCCAAUUGUCACUUCCUCUUUCUUCGCAGUAAGACGAAAAGCGGUAAACAAAAAUCGCAACUAUCAACAUAGCAAGUUGGAAAUAGCUAAAUUAAACUUAAAAUAUGACGAAAUUAAAUUGCUAUGGGAUUGUAGAGCUGAGGAAGAGAGUCCAUCAUCCAUCUUUGGAAAUGUGUGGUUUAUUUUGUUGCCGAUGUUAAGGCAACAAUGUGGAAACAAGGUUGUACUUCGAAGCAGAAAACAACGGAGGGAGGCGUUCAAGGGUUUAUUAAAUACAAACAAAAAUACACACGAUCGCGGAACAGGGGGAAUACCACAAUUGGUCCGUGACAGUAGGUCAACGGGGACCAAUAAUACUAACCUAAGCGGUAGGCAGAGAGCCGAUAAGACAACAAAACAAAUACACUCAAAUGCCAGCACAACGUAGGGGAUUUCAAAACAAGGGCAGCAGAGGUGUCGAAUGUCGCCCAGCAAGUUAAUAUCUCGACACCCUUUUCUUGGAUCGCCUGGGCUUAAAUACAGUCUUGACGAGCUUGAAUUGGCUGCAGUUACGACAUCGGUAACACUCUCUCUUGAACAAAAUACGAUUUGACCAACAUUGUGACAACCGAUGCCUAGCAAAAACGACGUAAUGUCCGGGUUUAUAAAAUCGCGCCAGCAGCCCUACCCGCACAGAGAGCGCCAUUGGGCAACACGGAACAAAUCUGUGAAAAAGUCCAACCCGCGUCAUUCUCGGGACAUUUCUACAUGCAUGAAAGCAAUGAUGCGAGUAAAUCCUGCGUCACCUUACACGGGAAUUUCCCUGGAUAUGUGUGUGAAAAGGGCUAUACUGUAAGCAUGGCCUGUUCGUCAGUGCCUCAUAAGUGCCACAAAAUAGGUGGCUAAUACAAUCUAGGUUGGAAAUGGCAAGUAUUUUUUAUAUGUAGUCGAGUUAAAUGUAACUGAUAUGUUAAAAAAAAAAAAACAUUCGGGAAGCGUAGCGUGAGAAAUGUUUUUCAGGGUAUCCCCCUCCCCCAAAGCAAUUUGUCGCCCCCACCACUAGAUGGAGCCCAAGGCAACUGCCUAGCUCACCUAGCCCCAGGGCCGGCCCUGAGUUUAGAUUACAUAGGCAAGGACUACUGAUUGUAAUCUUCACAAGACAUAGAAAAAUGACUGUUGUGAAUGAAUAAAUACAAAUUAUGUUAACUCAUUGGCUGCCAUUGAUGGUUAAAGACGUCCAAUCAAAAUCGCUGCCAACCCCUCUCAGUUGAAAUAGAUUGGACGUCUAUCGCGAUCGAUUGCAACCAAUGAGUUACUAGAGUUUAGAAUGUACAGUGUAUCACAAAAGUGAGUACACCCCUCACAUUUCUGCAGAUAUUUAUGUCUUUUCAUGGGACAACACUGACAAAAUGACCCUUUGACACAAUGAAAAGUAGUCUGUGUGCAGCUUAUAUAGGAAAGCCCGCCAACAGUUUCCUGAAGACAUGUCAACAAAUCACAUGGAUUACUGGAACCAUGUCCAAUGGUCUGAUGAGACAGGCGGGCUUUCUUGUGUACCAUGUUCAGAAAAGGCUUCCUCCUGGAAUGACAGCCAUGCACACCAAUUUGAUGUAAAGUGCGGUGUAUGGUCUGAGCACUAACAGGCAAUGCUGACAGCACUCCUGUUACGAGUCACAUGACAUUUUGGAGGGAAAAUGACAAGCAGUACUCAAUUUGGACAUUUACAGAUGUAUGUAGUUUCUAAGGGGUGUACUCACUUUUGUUGCCAGGGAUUUAGAUAUUAAUGGCUAUGUUUUGAGUUAUUUUGAGGGGAAAAUAAAUUAACUCUAUUAUAUAAGCUGCACACAGACUAUUUUUCAUUGUUUUAAAGUGUCAUUUUGCCAGUGUUGUUCCAUGAAAAGAUAUACCGUAUUGGCCCAAAUAUAAGACGGUGUUUUUUGCAUUGAAAUAACACUGAAAAAGAGGGGGUCGUCUUAUAUUCACGGUCUAGACAUUAUACCCAUUCACGACGCUAGAUGGCGCCAGAUAUCAUUGAGGCGAUGUUGUCAUGACAGAUCUCUGCUACUCUUUUUAGUUUAACCAGUUUGCAUUAUUUUAUUGCAAUGUUUUUCCUUAUUCAGAUUUGUUUCAAAACUACAGUUACAGUUAGACUUCACUUUGAUGGUUAAUGCAGUUAGUGCAAUUUUGUUGUUUUAUCACAAUAGAGGUUUAUUUACAUUUCAAAAACCAGAAGCCAUUCAUUUACGAAUGUGAUUGCACUUUAGUUUACAUAUUUAAAUGUUCAGAUAUUAAGAUUUGAAUAAGGCAAAAUAACAUGCUUUUUCUCUCAAAUAUAUUGUUAUAAACAUUUGUUUCGGAUGUACUGGAAUUAUUUUCUGUAUAAAAAUUGAUUUGGUGUUCAAAAAGUCUUUUCAACCUUGAGUCUUGAAAAAGAGAGGGUCGUCUUAUAUUCGGGCCCAUACGGUACUUGAAUAUCUGCAGAAAUGCGAGGGGUGUACUCACUUUUGUGAUACACAGUAAAUUGUUGUUGAAAAUUUGCAAAUAGCUAACGUUCCACUAACGACUCUGCCGUAAACCAAGGAACCCCGUGUGCCAAAUGAAAGAAAGCGUCUCCUGCAUCAUAAAAACACCCUGUUCUCAUGAAUGUAUGCUUUAGAUUGCUUGGUCACAUAAAACACUGUACAUACACACAACUCAAGAACCAAAGUGCUCUCUCCUAAAUGGACCCCAAUAAAAGGCAGGGAACACUGCUGUCACCAUGGACAAAAGAUAGCAGGAGGACACCUUGACAAUAUUUCUGCGAGGGAAUAACUGUGAAAAUCCGGGCAUGCAUGAACUUGUAAAGAAUGCUGGACAGUGCUGGGAAAAAACUACCCAAGAUGGGCUCUGAUGAACACAAGUAAACCUUACAAAGGAUUCAUGGCCAUGAAGGAAAUAUUCUUAAUAUUUACAAAAAAAGAAUGAGAGAUGACAGAAUACUGGAUGGUUCAUAAUUGGAAAAGACACAAACCGACUGUUGGCAUUACAGAGACAAUUUGGAAAAGUGUCUUAUAGCGACACGCUGUGGCCGGAAUACUGACAUACAUGGGCUCUGAAUAUAAAUGUACAGUAUGCUGUUAAUGAACUCUAGCUUUAUAUUGCUUAGUCUUUUCUACCAUCAAGAUAAAGCUCGGUCCUAGCUGAUUAUCUGAUAUUACCAUAGUAUUCUUCCCAUUCGUUACCACAAAUAUAUCUAUAUCAGUGAUAAGUUGAAGGAACAUCUGGAGUUGAAAUUAUUUUGUAAUUUUAUUUUAUCAGAAAGAAUAAAUAAAGUAUAUAUCUAUAACAUGACAGAUACCCCCGCAUUCUGUGGUUGCGUUUUUGUAUCGGCAAAGUGAAUCGUUUCUCAUUUACAGAACACCACUAUAGAAGCCCAAUUACUGUAGUGUUAGGCAAAAUGAUAGUGGUUCCUUUCAUCGCCAGCCAUUAAUUGUCCCCUUUUGUCUUUUAUUCCUCUCCAUAGGAACAUUAGCUCAUUUUGUGUCCCACUUCCACUAAUGGAGAACAAUUGUGCUUAUGUUUUUAAACCCCUGCGGCGAUAUUUCCAUUCAGGUUUCUCAUUAUUUCCUCCAUUCAAUUGUAGUGUGUUAUGUGAUGUUUCGAUUAAAGGGAGACUUCACAAGAGAUUUUUGCAGAUUUUUCCAGCAGCUAUGCUUUUAAGGCAUAUUUUCAGGCUGAAUCAUUUAUGUC